AUGAAACGUUGCCAAAACCCUGAAACAGCGAAAGCUACUGUUCAUAGUGUGGUUCGAAGCAAACAUUCAAAGAUGUAUGAACAGCCACCGCAGCGCAAAUGUUCAAAAUUGUUAAAUGCGAAAAUCUCUAUUAAUGAAACCUGGGAAAAAGUAUCACCUAUAAGAAAGCAAAAGUCAAUUCACCGACCCCUUAUCUUGCGGAAGAUCAAGCGAACAAAUGAAGGUAUUUUACAACAGAAGACAUUAUCACAACAAAGGAAUUCCCUUGUUUUUGAGAAGGAAAAGGUGUUGGAUUCUCUGUCCGCAAUGAAAGAGGGCGAUGAAUGCCUAAGAUUUACAGUUGAAGGAAAAGCAGAGUCCUUAAUGAAGCUUUCGGAAAAAGUAGUUCGUUUCGCCCUUGUUUUGAAUAAAUGGGUGGAUGGGAGAUGCAAAUUGUGUAAUGCCAGACUAACUUCUUUCAAUAUGAUCAAGAAGCAAACACAAUGGCGCUCGAAAACUUGUAAAACACUAAAGCUUUUACAGCAAGACAGAUCUACAAAAGGAAAAGAGCCUUAUGAGGAAGGCAGAAUGAAACACAAACGAAAUAAUGUAAAACGUGGCAAAUAUUUGUGCAAUGAGAACAAUAAGGACAUGGCACUUUCAACACUUGCUAUGUCACCGAACAAAUCUGAAGAAAUUAUAUUAAAUGAUGGAAAUAUUGAAUACGGAAUUCCUGCGGAGGAAUUAAUGGAUGAGGAAUAUGUACUUCAGCUAGCACUUUCAACACUCACUAUAUCACCGGACAAUUCUGAAGAAAUUGUAUUAAACGAUGGAAAUAUUGAAUACGGAAUUCCUGCGGAGGAAUUAAUGGAUGAGGAAUAUAUACUUCAGCUAGCUGAGAAUACUAUGCCAGUUGACUAUAUGGAAUAG